GCUGGGGUCGGUGGCGCUGCCUGAGCCGAUUUCGGGUGUUUUUGCCCCAGAACACCAUCGACACCCUGAACAUGCAGGUGGAUCAGUUCGAGAGCGAGGUGGAGUCGCUGUCCGUGCAGACCCGCAAGAAGAAGGGGGACAAGGAUAAACAGGAUAGAAUUGAAGCCCUGAAGCGUCAGGUGGAGCGGCACCGCUUCCACGUGCGGAUGCUGGAGACGCUGCUGCGAAUGCUGGACAACGACUCCAUCCCGGUGGACCCCGUGCGGAAGCUGAAGGACGAUGUGGAAUAUUACGUGGAUUCCUGCCAGGAGCCCGACUUCGAGGAGAACGAGUUCCUUUAUGACGACCUCGACCUCGAUGACAUCCCGCAGGCUUUGGUGGCCACUCCCCCGAGCCACUCGCAGAUGGAGGACGAGAUCUUCAACCAGAGCAGCAGCACCCCCACCUCCACCACCUCCAGCUCCCCCAUCCCCCCAGCCCCGCUGCCAACGCUCCCCGCUGCCAACGCUGAGAACUCCGAGGACGACAAAAAACGGGGCCGCUCCACGGACAGCGACCUGGGCCAGGCCCCCGAGCCCCUGAGCAGCCUCAAAUCCAUGGCCGAGAGGGCGGCCCUGGGGAGCGGCCUGACGAGGCAGGACCCCCCUGGGGCACUCUGGGACCGGGAUCUGCUGUUGGGGGCCGGAGGCUCCCCGAGCUCGGGGGCUCCGGGGGCUCCGGGGGUCCCGAGGGUCCCUGGGGAGGUGAACAUCCCCUGUCCCUGGGGGUCUGUCCCUCGGCCCCUCCCCUGCCCAGAGCAGCUCUACCAGCAGGCGCUGCAGGACCCGGCCUGGCACCACAUGCCCCACCCCUCCGACUCUGAGAGGAUCAGGCAGUACCUGCCCCGCAACCCCUGCCCCACCCCCUACCACCACCAGCUGCCUCCCACUCAGACACCGUCAGAGUUCUACCAGAGAUUGUCCACGGAGACGCUUUUCUUCAUUUUCUACUACCUGGAGGGCACAAAGGCUCAGUACUUGGCGGCCAAGGCGCUGAAGAAGCAGUCGUGGCGUUUCCACACCAAGUACAUGAUGUGGUUCCAGCGGCACGAGGAGCCCAAAACCAUCACCGACGAGUUCGAGCAGGGCACCUACAUCUACUUUGACUACGAGAAGUGGGGGCAGCGCAAGAAGGAGGGGUUCACCUUCGAGUAUCGCUACCUGGAGGACAGAGACCUGCAGUGACCCCCCCAAAAUAAACCCCCUCCCCAAAAAAAAUCACCCCCCUGCAUGUCAAACC